AUGGAAAAUGGAGCCUUUCUUUUUAUGAAGAAACCCUUGGAUGAGCAUAUCAUGAAGUACUUAUGGCAAUUUGUGAUGAAGGAAAAACUUAGAAGUAGUGGACAAGAAGAAGGUAGAGGUCUGGAGGUUGCUGCAAAAAUAAUCAAAAAUGGUAGGGGUAAAGGGAUUAUCAUUAAAGAAUGCACAGGAAAGAACUACAUUGCUGACGUGGAGAAAAAUACAAAUGGAGUCGCAAGAAGAAUAAUUGAUGAAAGGAAGGUUCCAAAAAGGACUCACAGGAAGAGAAAGCAUCCUGAAAAAUUAAUAAUAGACCUUCCUCCAAAGAAGGCUUCAGCUGCACAAUCAUAUUCCAUUGUCAACUACAGUAGGAAAAAGGUCUGCACUGAAUGGACCAAGGAGCUUCAUGAAAAAUUCAUGGAUGCAGUCAAACAACUUGGUGAAGGAAAAUGUUAUCCCAAGGAGAUUAUGGAAAUAAUGAAUGUACCUGGUCUUACAAGGAUGCAAGUCGCUAGUCAUCUCCAGAAAUGCCGCCAUGACAACUGGAGAGCCCCGGAGGAGCGAAGGUACCGCUCGCGCACGCGACUUUCAGCUGACAGCAAUGGAAAAGAGAGGGAGAAGAUAAGGGUUUUUGGAAGUAUGCCUCUACAACUGGACCUUAACCAACGUGUGCCAACUCCUCCCCAGACUUUUUUAUGGCCGCAUCUGAGAUCAAUAAUGAUAGCCAAGAAGUUCGCGGAUCCGCCACCCCCUUUUCUCACUCUCUCUCCUUCAGCCGUGCGGCAACCCGGCAACGACGACGGCGACGAAGUCUCAGUGGUGCUUUCUUCUGCUUCGAUGUCUGAUCCCAGUCAUCCUAUCAAGCUGAGGAGAGGUUAUACUUUUACCUUGAAUCAUUACCUUCUCAAUACAAAUACAUUGGAGGACUUCAAAAAUAUUGACAGACAAAGCUUGCUACAGGCUGAAGCUAAGAAUUGUGCUCUUGUUCUCAAACAGUCUGAGUCUCUGUCUAAAGCAUGUAAUGAGUGGCGUACUCCGAGCUCGACUACAGGUCUGCCAUUCUUUCUUGUAUGUAUUCCUUCAAACUCUAUCGUCAGCAUUAGACAACUAGCGGAUUGGGAAGCCUGCCAGCGUGAUUGUGAUAAGGUUUUGUUUGGUUUUUAUGAUCCUUGUCACCUACCCAAUAAUCCUGGCUGGCCACCCCGAAAUUAUCUUGCAUAUAUUUGUACAAGAUGGGGGCUUGAGAAGAUUGAUUUUCUGUGCUACCGUGAGAGGCGUGGUGUUAUGGAUUUAGCGUUGUCUCUCAUCGGUGAAGUAGUAGUAUCUGUUUCACAAGGAUGGAAAUCUCGUGAACAUCUGCCGAAUGUUUUGGGAUGGGAACAGUAUCACGGGAAGACUAGACAGUCUGUCAGCCUUGCUAAGUCCUUGGAUCCAAAAAGUUUAGCUGUAUCUGUUGCGGAUUUGAACUUAAAGCUUAUGAAAUGGCGUGCCCUGCCCUCCCUGAACCUUAGUAGGAUAUCUUCUACUCGAUGUCUUCUGCUAGGAGCUGGUACACUUGGAUGUCAAGUUGCUUGGAUGCUUAUGGCAUGGGGUGUCCGUAAAAUUACAAUGGUCGAUAGUGGGAGGGUUGCCAUGUCAAAUCCAAUCAGGCAGUCCCUUUACACAUUUGAUGACUCCAUGAAUGGUGGUACAUUUAAGGCCAAUGCAGCAGUUCAAAGCCUAGAGCAUAUUUUCCAUGCAGUGGAAGCAGAAGGCAUUGUCAUGGCUAUUCCAAUGCCAGGGCAUCCAGUGACUAUUCAAGAGGAGCAAAAUGGAUACAAGGGAAAGUCGGUGGCUACCUACCCUACUUUGUUCUAG